AUGAACAUAUAUGCCUCCUUAAGAGAUUUCCAGAGUUUCCCUUUGAUUCCCACAUUCAACAUGCUGGUGCAAAAGCUAAGCUGGAUCAUUUUGCUGCUGUUUCUGAGUCAACAUGGAAUAGAAGCAGGUGUGAUCUGUGAAGGAGGGAUUGGCGUCCUCAGCUGUGAAUACACCUCUGGAACAAUACAUAUUAUUCAAGCCACCUAUGGACGGACUGAUCGCGUAGCAUGUGUUAAAGGGAUCCCGUGGUAUCAGACCUUAAACACGCGCUGCAGAAGAACAGUCACUAAUACAGUUUCUCAUCUGUGCAAUGGAAGAAAGACGUGUGUUGUUCCUGCAUCAAACUCACUUUUCGGCAAUCCUUGUAUUGGAACUGUUAAAUACCUGGACUUGACUUAUUUAUGUCGGCCAUGAAGUGUACUGCAAAGACAUCUGGUCAACCGCUUCAAACUCUGAUCCAUGACAGUGUGUCAAUAAGUAUCUGAAAGUGAUGUACAGCUGUAUAUAAUUUUGUUUGUGCUGCUGUUUUUUUAUGUUUUGUGUUAUAAAUGGAAAUGGUCCCUAUUAUAGAUGUUAGAUGCCACUAUAUAAUAAUAUUGUAUUUGGUCUAUCCAUUCACUCCUCAGUGAGACAAUAUACAAUACAUUGAGAUAUGGGGUUCAGAAAAAAUUUAAAAUUCAUAACGAAUCUCAUUUUACAACUUCCAUUUUUAUUAUGGAAAUGAUCAUGUGUCAAUGUGAAUAAUGGGAAGCAAAAUGUCUCAAGUAAAAUUUCCAGAUGCUUGACUGGACUUGAAAUGUCAAAUACAAACACACCUUGAUCCUAAAAUGCUUUAUUUUUGUAAAUGAAUGUAAUUUUCUUUUGAGGUGAAUAUUAUCUCAUUAAUCCAUCACUAUUAUUUUUCUAUAGACUAUUGUUUUAUUGCUAUAUACAAAAGGUACAGCAAUAUUAAUAAAUGUAAACAUUCAUUUAAGUUUUUACAACUAUUAAGGGUAGACAUGUCCAGUCAAUCAGACACUAUUAUAUCUACAUAAAUGUAUUUAAAAAUAAUGUUUAAAUUAAUAUAAUGUUUAUCAUAUUAAUGGAAAAUAAUCAUGUUAUCUGGUGAGAAAACAACUCAAAUUCUUGUAGAAAAAUCUACAAAA